AAAACAUAUUGUAACUUACCACCAGGGCAGAGCAGGUGGUUUAAUCCGACGGCGAGAAGAUAGAAAAAAAAAGUGAAAAAGGUCGCAACUUGUUGUGUCUCUCUUUCUCCAACUACCCUUUCGAGCUUAGCUGUCCACUCUUCUCUCCCGAUGAAAUCUUCAUCUUUCGUAUCUCUCCUCCUUCUCAUGCCCUAAAUUUCAUCUCCUCUCUUGUAUUGAUUCUGUUAAAAAUCUCACCUUUCAAUUCAAAACCCCUUCCAUUUUUGUGAUUAAUAUGCCUACUUGGUGGGGAAGAAAGUCCUGCAAGAACAAGGACGAUAAUCACAGAGGAAUCAUCUCCACAGAUAGAGAUAUCAAGAGCUCUGCUGUUGUUGUUGAUCCUCCUCUCACUCCUACUCGUGGUGGUACACCUCGUUGCAGUCGUGAAUUCGCUGGAGCUUCUUCUGCUUUCUCUGGUUUUGACUCUGAUUCUACCGAGAAGAAAGGUCACCCUCUUCCUCGUCCUUUGCUCUCUCCUGUUUCGAUCCAUCAUCAAGAUCAUGUAAGCGGAUCCACUUCUGGAUCUACAUCUGUUUCUAGCGUUAGCUCAUCUGGAUCAGCUGAUGAUCAGAGUCAACUUGUUGCUUCUAGGGGUCGUGGUGAUGUGAAAUUCAAUGUAGCAGCAGCACCACGUAGUCCUGAGAGAGUUUCUCCAAAGGCAGCUACUAUUACUACUAGGCCCACGUCUCCACGGCAUCAGCGUUUGUCUGGAGUUGUGAGCUUAGAGUCUUCUACAGGGAGGAAUGAUGAUGGAAGGUCCUCCUCUGAGUGUCAUCCUUUGCCUCGACCACCUACUUCUCCUACAAGCCCUUCUGCUGUGCAUGGUUCCAGGAUUGGAGGAGGCUACGAGACCUCUCCUUCGGGGUUUUCCACGUGGAAAAAAGGGAAAUUUCUUGGGAGUGGCACCUUUGGUCAAGUCUAUCUUGGUUUCAACAGUGAGAAAGGGAAAAUGUGUGCUAUUAAAGAGGUCAAGGUCAUUUCUGACGAUCAAACAUCAAAAGAAUGUCUGAAGCAACUAAAUCAGGAGAUAAAUUUGCUUAACCAGCUUUGUCAUCCGAAUAUUGUCCAGUAUUACGGAAGUGAACUGAGUGAAGAAACCUUGUCCGUCUACUUGGAGUACGUGUCAGGUGGUUCAAUCCAUAAACUACUUAAGGAUUAUGGUUCUUUCACUGAACCCGUUAUCCAAAACUACACGCGGCAGAUUCUUGCUGGGCUUGCCUAUUUACAUGGACGAAAUACAGUACAUAGGGACAUCAAAGGAGCAAAUAUAUUAGUGGAUCCGAAUGGUGAAAUCAAGUUGGCAGACUUUGGGAUGGCCAAACAUGUAACAGCCUUUUCUACUAUGCUUUCUUUUAAAGGGAGUCCUUACUGGAUGGCACCCGAGGUUGUGAUGAGCCAAAAUGGCUACACUCAUGCAGUCGAUAUCUGGAGUUUGGGUUGUACUAUUCUGGAAAUGGCAACAUCAAAGCCACCUUGGAGCCAGUUUGAAGGGGUUGCUGCGAUUUUCAAAAUCGGAAACAGUAAAGACACCCCGGAAAUACCUGAUCACCUUUCAAAUGAUGCAAAGAAUUUUAUAAGGCUUUGUCUGCAACGAAAUCCGACAGUACGUCCUACAGCUUCUCAGCUUCUAGAACACCCUUUUCUACGUAACACAACAAGAGUGGCUAGUACUAGUUUGCCCAAAGACUUCCCCCCACGUUCCUAUGAUGGAAACUUCUCACUGCCUACAAGGGAACCCUAUCCAGGGAGACUGAGCCAUGAUAAUUAUGCAAAACAGCCAUUGUCUAGAACUAUAAAGAGCCCGAGGUAAAAGUGUUGUAGCUCAAUCUAUUUGAUACUUGGUCGUGUCAAGUGUCAACUAAUUUCGUAUUUGGUUCUUGCAGCAGAGAAAACGUAAGAGCUAUCACAUCCUUACCAGUAUCUCCAUGUUCAAGCCCUUUACGCCAACUUGGGCCAGCAUACAAAAGUUGUUUCCUGUCACCUCCUCACCCGUCUUACGCAUUUCCUGGGCAAGACAGUGGGUACAACCUAGCAGAGUUUGCUGCAAGCCCUUUCAGGAUGAAGAAAGACGCAAUGAUGGAACCAUCUAGUUUCAGGACUCAAACACCGAAUUCACCAUUGAGAUCAAGACUGGUGUAGAAAUGGAGCAAAGAUUGAGAGACUGAAAGCCACAUACUAUAAACAAGGCCCAAUGACCAUGUAUAAAACAGUGUCUACCCCUAGUUUUGGCCUUCUCCUUCUCAACACCCAGGGAAAUAUGAAGUUAUGAGACCUUAGUUGUGUGUGUGUGGAGCAUCUCCUAGAAGUGGAGAUUUUUGGAACAAGAAGGAGAAAUUUGGGGGGAAAACAGAAAGAUGUAAAGAGAAACAUGAAAAUGAAUACAAAGUUUAUAGAGUGUGAGAAGUAUAGAUAGUAAGUUGUGUUGUCACACAAAGAUAAUAUUCAACCAUUUGUUUUCAACCUACAGUGUGAAUAUACUUUUCAGAAAGUAAAUUAGUUACUCAUGUUUGUUUUCCUUUAGAUAUUUGACAUUAGUUGAGGAGAUGGUCGAAUUUUCAAGUUUCCCACUAAGAAAAAGAUAGGAAGAUUGUCUCUCUCUCACGCUGAGUCAUUGUUUGAU